AUGUCAUUCAAAGUCAAUGCAGAGGUUUCUGUCUGUGGUGGUAAGCUUUUGAAGCUCUCCCAUUACUCUAAUGUGGUCAACAAUUCAAUGGAUGUUAACGUCUAUCUACCCCAGCAGUACUACAAGAAAUCAAGUGAUAAACCAAUCCCAGUGAUAUAUUUCCUUUCUGGAUUAACUUGUAGUCCCCAGAAUGCAUCCGAAAAGGCCUUCUGGCAAUUACAAGCUGAUAAAUACGGGUUUUCUGUGGUAUACCCAGAUACAUCACCAAGAGGUGAUCAUAUUCCCGAUGAUCCUGAAAAGUCUUGGGAUUUUGGUGUUGGUGCAGGAUUUUACGUCAACUCCACUCAGGAGCCAUGGAAGAAACAUUAUCAGAUGUAUGAUUAUGUCCACAAGGAAUUACCUACUCAAUUGAAUGAAUAUUUCAAUAAGAAUGGGGCUUCUAAAGUGGAUUUCUUGGAGAACGUUUCAAUCACUGGGCACUCAAUGGGUGGAUUUGGUGCAUUAUCUGGGUAUUUGCAAAAUUACGAAGCCAAAAAGUACAAAUCCUGUUCAGCAUUUGCACCAAUCGCAAACCCUUCGAAGGUCCCAUGGGGUGAAAAGGGCUUUGGAAAUUACCUAGGCAGUGAUAAAUCUACCUGGGCUCAAUACGAUCCUUGUGAACUAAUAAAAAAAUUGCCCAACAGAGGCAAUGACAGAAUUUUGAUUCAUCAGGGAUCUGGUGACGGUUUUUACAAAGUUCAGUUGAAACCUGAGAACUUGGUAGAAGCAGCUAAGGGUACCUCCUGGGAGGGUAAAAUUGAUGUUCACAUUGUUGAUGGUUUUGAUCAUUCUUACUAUUUCAUCAGUUCCUUCGUUCCUGAGCAUGCAGCCUUCCAUGCUAAGCACUUGGGUUUAAUCCAGUAG